AUGGACAGUGCCAAGGCUUUCUAUGAGGAAGAGUCUGAUGAUGGUGAGUUUAAACUUGAAGCUUGUUGGAAGGUUCUUCGAGAUCAACCAAAGUGGCAUGCAUACAAUGAGGACCUUAAUGGAUCUCACAAAAGAAAGUAUUCUGAGGCAGAAACUAUUGACCUGACAGCCUCUGCUGAUGCGGUCACUGAUCUGCAGCGUCCAAUUGGGUGUAAGAAAGCUAAGGAGGAACUCAACAGGAAGGGAAAGGGGAAGGUUUCUUCAUCAAUUAUGGAUGAGAUUGACAAACUAAUAGAAGGUAAACAGAUACUGGACAGACACCAACAAAUUGCCGCUGACAAGAAGGAAUCAGCAAGGCUGACCCACCUUGCACCCCAAGAGAAUAAGGAGGCAAAACUACUUGAAAAAGAAGGAAAAAAGCAUGAUAAGGAAUCCAAAUUGUUGGAGACAUAA